AGUGAGGGAGGGAGUGAAGGUAUUCAGAGGCUCGAAGAAGGAGACAAAGACAAACAUGGGAGUUUUCAAGUCACUUGGUCUUUCGCCGGCCAAAGCGGCAGGUGCAAAGGCCUUGCGUCGUCUUUUUGGGCGGGUGCUUCCAGGCGAGACUGACAGUGCCAGUGACACUGAUCAAACGGGCAGGGGCAACUCCAGUAACGACAACAAUACUCAAAGGGAGAAAAACAACAAAGUCAACGCAGAUUCUUCAUCUACAAAACAUCAGGAUACAUCUGCCCCGACUGAUAAUCGCCAACAAGAAGACGCUCUCACCAAUAUCGAAACAUCUGCAACUACCUCCGAUAUGGUGUCGCCUCAGAAGCACGUCCCCCAGGGGAUCGUGGACAAGGAGAACCAACCGCCAAACACGGCUCAGUUGUCAGAGUCGCUCUCUCGUCUGAAAAUUGGAGAGGAGAAGGCUGUCGCAACAUCCCCCAAGCCCGUCGUUUCCACUGCCCCUGCUGCUGCUGCCGCCGAGGAUGCAGCUCCCGCCGUUGAAGGUGUACCUGCUGCCCCCAUCUACACAGACCCUGCUGUCAUAGCGGAGCGAGCGAUGCACAUGAAGUUCACUGAAGAAGCUCUUGACAUGGCGCGACUUGCUCUCAGAACCAACGAAACACCCGUGGGAUGCGUUCUUGUUCACGAUGGAAAGGUCAUUGCUCGAGGCAUGAAUGCAACCAACGUCACUCGAAAUGGUACUCGCCAUGCUGAGUUCAUGGCCCUCGGCGCUUUACUCUCUUACCCUCCCAAGAAUGGACCAAGGACAACCUACCUGAAGCCCAAGCCCAAGAAUCAGUCAGCCGAAGCUUCUGAUACAUCUUCUGUCGAAUCAGGACCCGCCGAUGAGGGUAAUGAGGAUGGAUCCAAGGGCCACCUCUACCCUUAUGGCCAGAAGUGCCACCCUGAUGCGCGAGUUGAUAGAUCUAUCAUUCGAGAGAGCAUUUUGUACGUCACUGUAGAGCCGUGUGUCAUGUGUGCUUCUCUCUUGCGACAACUCGGUAUCAAGAAGGUCUAUUUUGGCGCAGUCAACGACAAGUUUGGCGGAACAGGCGGUGUCUUCAGCAUUCAUGCCAACUCACUUCCUGUCAGUGCUGAUGGCCAGACUGCCAGCGCACAUCCAACACCAAAGCCUGCGCAGCUUCCAGACGGAAGUGGCACACUGGGCGUCUCGUAUCCUCCAGGUGGAGGAGACGGUGGAAACCUGGAAUCUGGUUACGAAAUUGAGGGUGGAUGGGGUCGUGAUGAGGCUGUCGCACUUCUGAGACGAUUUUAUGUCCAGGAGAAUGGACGAGCUCCGGUGCCUCGCAAGAAGGAAGGCCGUGCAGCUCGAUUGGCUGCUAUGAUGGAGGGCGAGGGCACCGGUGAAGGCACUGGCGAGAGCAACGGUGAAAGCAACGGGGAGGAUAAUGGCGAAGGCAACGACGACGAAAACGGCGAAGAAACGCCAACUCCGGAUCUUGCUGCCACUGAACCCGAGCCCCAAGUUCUUGACCUGCCCACUUCAACUCAAACUCUGAAGGAAACGCCCGCGCCGCUAGGUGAUCGUACCAACGUCUAGAACAGCGUUGUCGCGAUGCCGCUGCCGCAUCUGCGCCGUAAGAGUAACACAGAAAAUGGUGGAGCCACGGAAUAUGUGGACACAUCCCAUGGAACCUAGCUGAUGGAACUGUAUCCAUCAGCCCUCCGAGACACCUGUGCCAAAGUAUUGAAAGCACAAUUGGAGAGAAUAAACUCAUUUUAGACGUUUGGAGGGUCGAGUUGCAGUUUCGGUGGAAUUUUGAACAGAAUUGCUGUGGGAGGAUGGCCUUUGACUUUUGAUGCAUUUUGGGCGAGCAUGACGCUCAAGCGGAGGACAUGGCGUGCGGGCUGCUGAGUUCCAGUCGAUUGGGGGCAAGGAAGAGUGCUGUCACUGGAAGGAUGGUGUUGUGGUUUG